UCACGCGGGAUCGUGACGUCACUCCAUGUCUGUGCGUAACUUGCAGUGUGAGGCUAGGAGAGGGGCGGACAGGACUGGCAGAGGAUCUGUGGGAGCACACAGCAUGGAGAGGACAGCGGGGGAGCGGAAACUGCUCAGUCAGCAGGAGGUGUCCAGACUGCAGGAGGAACAAGGAAAGGUGGUCAGCGGCUGCAAGGAAAAAAUCCAACACUGGAAGAAGGUAGAAAGUGAUUAUGAAGCACUUGAAAAGCGCCUUCACAUAUUGCCUCAUAAACUUUCCUAUGAGGUUAUGGUACCGUUUGGGCCACUUGCCUUUAUGCCUGGAAAGCUCGUCCAAACAAACGAAAUUACCGUACUACUUGGUGACAACUGGUUUGCCAAAUGUUCAGCAAAACAAGCCGGUGAACUUGUUGAUCACAGAAAAAAACAUGUUAGGAAAGCAUUGGAUGAUUUGCAAGAAGUCGUAAAGAACUUUGAAUCCAGAGUGGAAUUCACAAAAGACCUGCAAAGGAUGAGUGAUGACUCUAGUGAAUACUGUGAUAUUCGAGAAGAAGCAAGGGAAGAAACUGUUGGGACAAAAGGAAAGCUGCGAGUGGCCCACACACCGCACUCUAAGCCAAAGCCAGAAAUCGCUGUUGCAUCGGAUUUUUUUGAGGAUGAGGCCAGCAAAUCUAAAGAGCGUAUGUUAGACGAUGAGUCCUUAUGGGCAAGAUUAGAGGAGCUGCAGGAAGAGGAGCUUCAGCAAGAGAAAAUAGAGGCAUUAAGGAGUAGGAACCAGUCAUGCUCCGAAGAAGACAAAGAGAAUCAGAAAACAGAUCUCAAUGCGGAAAAGGGAGUUAAAGAUUCUCACUAUCAGGGCAAUUUUGCCAGGCCAGAAUGCAUAUUAACUACCAGUUAUGCCAACAAUACAUCAUCUCACCACAGCGACGAGGAAGAUGAUGCAGGCAGCAGUAGAAAUGCGGUGGCUACUAUACAUUUCCGACAUACUGUUGAACCAAAAAAGGUCAGAAUAAACACUGGAAAAAAUACUACUUUAAAAUAUAGUGAAAGAAAGGAAGAAGCCAAGAGGAAAAGAAAAAACAGCAAUGGUAAUGGCCACUCUUUUCCAGAACUGCCAAUCAUCAAAUCACCGACCGAUAUCUAUAGGAUAUUUGUCGAUGUUGUAAAUGGGGAAUAUGUCCCUCGAAAAUCUAUAAUGAAAUCUCGUAGCCGAGAAAACAGUGUGUGUAGUGAUACCAGCGAGAGCAGUGCACCGGAGUUUGACGACAAACCGUGCCAUUUAAGGCGUACUACUUGGGAUGAAAGCCCUUGCAGUGAUGAUGCUGACUGGUUCCAAGACAUGGAGGAUCAUUUCAAUAAAAAACUACCCCCUGUGUUUGAACCUUUGGAGGCUUUUUCUGGAACUGUGGUGGAAAAAGAACCCUUCUCCUUUUCUUUGCCGUUAAUGAGCAUUGCCCACCCCUCACUACCUACCAUCCAGGAACGGAAGUCUGAAGAGCUGUCGUCUGGGGUCACCGAAGAAACCACGAAAAGGGUUUCAAAAUUCAAAGCUUCCAGGCUACAUCGAAAACAAUAAUCUGGUCUAAUUUUAUCUGAUACUUCGUUCUCUGUUCUUGAGAAGAGGUGCUGUCUUGCUAAGGUUUUUUUUGUUUUUUGUUUUUUGCAUUAAAGGAGGUGGCUGACUCUUAAAAA